AUGUCUACUCCCAACAUUUCGUCGGACCCCGUCGAGGAACAAGCGCAGCCUUUCGCUGCUUCGUUACCGACAGGAGCAAACCCUCUCCGCCAAUCCGACUCGAGUGCUCCAUCGAUCGAGAAGCCUACCUCCAGCAUUCGUGCUCCAAGACCUGCAAACUUGACCUGGACGCAACUGCGGGAGGUUGAGAAACACCAAUCUGUAGAAGACAUCAGCACAGAGACUGGGUUUUCGAACAGUGGUCCAGUAUCUCCAAUAUCACCUCUCGGCUCCUCCGAAGCAUUGCGAACGCCGAAUUUGACAGACCGACAGAAGUAUUCGAACAAGCUUCCCCCAUCCCCGGGCAGCACCACGCAAUUACCACCUCGACUUCACUCGCCCGCUUCUCAGAUAUUUGAGCGCAACGUACAAGAGGAUAUACUUCCCGCACAGGCGUCACCGUCGAUACCUGCCCAUAUUCGCACAGAAAACUAUAUUCCACCUGUCCUCGAGGCGUCUUCCGCUGCCAUUACCGAUGACCAGCUUGAUCCAGACUCAGUCGAGAUUGUGACCCAUAGCCUUCACCAGUCUGCCGUCGCUGGGGUCACAGGCCCCUCUACUGCAGAGCAUUCAUUAGCAUCGUCUGGUCUCGUAGAUCAUGGCAUGCACUCUGAUACCGACGAAAUCUCGUCUGCGUAUGGCGCACUGGACACAAACGACGUGCGGCGCUUGAGCUUCAUUUCAUUUGCCGAUGUGGUUAAUGCAGAACAUGCUGAAACAGGCGAAAUUGCUCACAGCCGCGAGCCUUCCCAAGGUGCACCGAUCCCCGGGGCCUCUUUUGCAGCAGGGUUGCACAAUCGCUCUCCAUCCCCUCUACGGUCGCCUGCCUCAUCCCAUGCCCUAGGCACGUCCCCUCCCACCAGCAUCUCCACCUCAUUCAAGGGCGUAGAGAUGUCGCCUAAGACUGGACCUCGAACCCCCGGAAGUCCUCUUGCCUUGGCUCAGAGUCCUGUUUCUUCCAAUUUUGGCGGCGAAUUGAACGUGGAAACAAUGACUCAGGCCUUGAGAAGGACCGGGAGCGGCGAUCUGGGUGGCGUAGCGAGUCAAGCCGCCAGUUCUUUUGGGAAUGACGAGCCUCUGGAUCGGUCAUUAUAG